UUUCCAUCAGAUGGAACAUUGCCAGCAUAAUGUACUUGUAUAAAGGUGCACUCUAAUCUCAUUUACUUCCCUUGCCAUCACACAUACACACACUAGAACACCUUAACUGUGUGUUUAACAAUCUUGAUCAUCAACCCUAAACAUGUCUGACCUUGAGUUCUUCCUCCUUGUAUCUUUUCUCAUCUUGAAUUUUUAUCUCAUCUUGAAUCUUGUCAAGAGAAGAACACAUGGCAAUUCGGCCCGUAAUCUUCCACCGGGCAACAUGGGCUGGCCGUUCAUUGGCGAAACCAUCGGCUACCUUAAACCCUACUCGGCCACCACCAUCGGCAGGUUUAUGGAACAACACAUAUCCAGGUUUGGAAAGAUAUACAAAUCAAACUUGUUUGGGGAGCCAACUAUAGUCUCAGCCGAUCCAGGGUUGAAUAGAUACAUAUUGCAAAAUGAAGGGAGGUUAUUCGAAUGUAGCUAUCCUAGAAGCAUAGGGGGGAUUCUUGGCAAAUGGUCCAUGCUGGUUUUGGUUGGCGACAUGCAUAGAGAUAUGAGGCUCAUCUCACUCAACUUCUUGACCAAUGCUAGGCUCAAAACUCAAUUGGUAAAAGAAGUUGAGAAAAACACUUUGUGGGUGUUGGAUUCUUGGCAAGAAAACUCACCUUUUUGUGCCCAAGAUGAAGCUAAGAAGUUUACUUUCAAUCUAAUGGCGAAACAUAUCAUGAGUUUAGACCCCGGUGAACCGGAGACCGAACGCUUGAAGAAAGAGUAUGUAACUUUCAUGAAAGGUGUGGUUUCUGUCCCUCUAAACUUCCCUGGAACUGCAUACAGAAAAGCUCUAAAGUCUAGAUCGACGAUUCUUAAAUUCAUUGAAAUGAAAAUGGAGGAAAGGAUUAAACGAAUGGAUGAUAAAGGAAAUGGUUUAGAGAAACUAGAAGACGAUCUACUCGGAUGGGUAAUUAACAACUCGAACCUCUCAAAAGAGCAAAUACUCGACUUGGUAUUGAGUUUACUCUUUGCUGGUCACGAAACCUCUUCGGUUUCCAUAUCCCUAGCUAUUUACUUCUUGGAAGCUUGUCCAACCGCGGUUCAUCAACUUAGAGAAGAACAUGAAGAAAUUGCAAAGGCAAAGAGGCUAUCGGGUGAGAUGAAUUUAAGUUGGGAUGACUACAAAAAGAUGGAAUUUACUCAGUGUGUAAUCAAUGAGACGCUAAGAUUCGGGAAUGUGGUGAGAUUCCUUCACAGAAAGGCUAUUAAAGAUGUGCGGUAUAAAGGUUAUGACAUUCCAUGUGGGUGGAAAGUGCUGCCAGUGAUUGCAGCCGUGCAUUUGGAUCCUACACAUUUUGACCAACCUCACCUUUUUGAUCCAUGGAGAUGGCAGAAUACUACUACACAUGUGACAUCAUCUUCUACUGGUGCAAGCCCAACAUCUGCAAACAACUUCAUGCCAUUUGGUGGAGGGCCCCGGUUAUGCACAGGGUCGGAGCUAGCGAAACUUGAGAUGGCGAUAUUUAUCCACCAUUUGGUCCUAAAAUACGAGUGGGAAUUGGUCGAUUCGGAUGAAGCUUUUGCUUAUCCAUAUCUCGACUUUCCAAAAGGUCUACCAAUCAAAGUCCGUCACCGAUGUUAGUUAGUAUUAGAAGAAGAAGAAAAGACCGAAAACAUCCAAAAUGAUCACCAAUCAAAUCUUACGUUUGGUGGGAGAGAAUCAACAAAUGGAUGGCUAAAAAAUGUCCAUGCUGACACGUUGUUUGGAGCUUUCGAAAGGGUCAAUACUUGUUUCCUAAUUAUAUAUUUUAUUAUUCAUAUAUAGUCAGUCAAUUGGUGUACGUAGUUUGCUCAUAUCUUAUAUAUAAGGUGAAUUUAAAUU